AUGACCGACUCGCCAGCGUUUAUUGAUGGGGCUGAGCAACAGCGAGGGAGGCAGAACCAGCAUCAGGCGUCUUCGCACAAUGGCGGCCACGUUGGGAACGCCCUUGUUCAAGAAGUCUCCGUCAGCUACACGGGCGUCCGGGGCGCUUCACCGCCACCCGUAUUUCACCAGAAGGCCCCUGACGCGCGUAGGCCGAUUCAAGUCGAGACUGGGCCUGCUUCGGCAUAUACACCCUCUCCGAUGCAGCAAGCCGGCCUCCCCAACUACUUGGCCCAGUACGAGCGCCGCAUCUCUGAAGAAGAGACGGUAAAUCGCGUCUCCCGUACUGGUCGCCACGAGACCGAGUUCCCGGUCCGUAUCGCCUACACCAACAGCCCACUCUCCCCGUCCUCGACCUACUCAGUCCCGAUUCAGCGGUCUGAAGCCUCGAGAAGACUCGGCAGCAGUCUCGGCUCCCUAAUCACCGAGACCACCGAGCAACAUUACGAGGCGUAUUCGACCAGCUCAAGACAACGAGAGAUGGCUUCGAGUCCGGCUACAGUGAACGCGCUGGCUGCUCAGUUUGAGCAGACGGCCCGCCAGCAGAAGGAGGAGGCCCAGAAGAACGGGAGCCGCCGCAGUCCGGCCCAAGUCGUCAUGGUCAAGCCGUCGCCUGUUUACAAGUCCCAUUCCCCCCAAAGCGACCCCGGCUAUGACAACCGUGUCCAUCGAGUUGAGCGUCAAGUAUUCUCGCCUCCAAACGAACGUUCCGUGCUCACCUCAACCCUCGUCGACAUCGAACCACCCGGCUACGGUCGUCGAACCCCAUCAUCCCAAUCCCAAUCUCCACAGUACAUCCAGGAGACAAUCCAGGAGGAGUACCACACGAUCAAGCGCUAUACACCGACCCAGACUCAUGGAGCCUUGCCUACGCAAGCUGGCGUUCGGGUUGUUCCUGUGGAGAAGGUGUCACAUGCCCGUGAGACGAGCCGAGACUCAGCUCUUCGUGCCGAGGACACAGCUUCUUCUCGGGCCCCAUCAUCGGCUUCAUCCCGUGUGUUGUCCCCAGUCAGGACUGUCGUCGAGCGCUUCGAAUCGCAUAAAGAAGAGAAAUCGUCCGAACGAAGACCACCAAUGAUCGACCAAAUUCGUCAAGAAAUUAUUAUGCAAUCAAAGACUUCGACAGUCUACAGUGACGAGGAGAAUCGAUCUCGCGAGCAGCAGCAGCGCGAAGAAGAGCAGCGUCGUCGACAAAUCGAGGAAGAGAACCGGAGGAGACAACAUGGUGGCUCCUCUCAAACUACAACGAUUAUCGAAGAAGAGACCUUUGAAGAAAUUCGAAUCAGACGGCGCAAGAAGCAAGAUGGACAGAAAAACCAGGACCAGGAGCGCUUGCGGAAAGAAGCCGAAGAACGAGAAAGAAUUCGGAUUGAGGAAGAGCGCUAUCUGCGUUCGCUUGAAGAACGGGAAAGGCAGUUGAGAGAGGAAGAACGUCGACGACGCGAAGAAGAGAUCCGAAUCCAGGAGGAGCUCCACUACCGUCGUGAACUCGAAAUCAUUGAACAGCGUGAGAAGAAGCGGCAGGAAGAAGUCCGUGAAAAACAGCGUCAAGAGGCAUGGCUACUAGAGCUGGAGAGGAUGGAAAAAGAACGGCAGGCUCGUGAAAAAGCGGAAAACGAAAGGAUCGAAUGGGAAAGAACCGAACGCACGCGAAUUGAGGAAGACGAACGCAUAAGAAUCGAGCAAAUUGAGAUCCAGCGUCGUGAGGAGAGGAGACGGCAAAAGGAGCAAGAAGAAGAAAGGGCCAGAAUUGAACGCGAACGUGUUGAGCGUACGCGUAUUGAGGAAGAAGAACGGAUUAGAAUAGAACAGGAGGAAAAGCGCGUCGAGGAAGAGCGGAAGUUGCAAGAGCGCUUGAUUAUUGAGGAACGCCGUCGAAUUGAAGAAGAAAUUACGAUUGAACGCCGUCGAAAAGUGGAAGAAAAGCGCAAGAUCGAAGAACAAGCUGAAGAGGAAGAGCGACAGCGCAGAGAAGAGGAACGCAAACUCCGCGAAGAAGAGCGCCAACGCGAAGCCGAACGUCGUCGCCAAGAAGAGCUUCGAAUCGAAGAGGAGCGCACCAAAUGGGAGGAAUGGCGUCGGCAAGAAGAGGUGAAAAGAGAGGAGGAGCGCAAGCGGCAACAGGCCGAGAUGGAGAAGGCCCGCGAAUCGACGCCCACCAAACCGGCGAAACCCGUGGAGCUGCCACCUAUUGACAGCAAGAUGUCGGAGCCUUACCACAGUGCCAUCUCAUCCAGGCCCGGCUUCAACUCACGUUCCGGUGACUUCUCGUCUUCGAGCACCACCACCUAUGGCUCGCCCCUUUCGGGCAACCGAAUGGUGAAGGUUGUGAACGUGAUCUCUUCAUCGACGCUCUCGGGAAUGUCUCCUUUUGGACAACAUGCCGCUUCAUCCAUUCGGGAUGCUCGCGAACGCGAGAAGAAGGAGAUGUCCGAUUUGAACGAUCGUCUGGCCAGCUACAUCGAGAAAGUCCGCUUCCUUGAGGCCCAGAACCGAAAGCUGUCGAACGACUUGGACUUGUUGCGCUCUCGAUGGGGCAAGGACACCAACUCUGUCCGCGCCAUGUAUGAGAGCGAGAUCCGUGAGGCUCAGAAACUCAUCGGGGAAACUACCCGCCAGCGUGACGAGCUAGAGAAAGAAAUCCGCCGCCUGAUCGAUGAAGUGGCCAACUACCGCCGCCUUUUCGAUCAAGCUGUCCGCGACCACAGCGCCGACCGUCUGAAGAUCGAGGAGCUUCUCGAGAAGUUGAGCAAACUUGAGGCCGACAUCAACCUCCUCAAGCGCAAGCUCGCCGGACUGGAAGAGGAAGUGACCCGCGUCAAGAAGGAGAACCAGCGCAUGGUUGGCGAUCUCCAACGUGCUCGCCAGGACCUCGACCAAGAGACGCUGAACCGCAUCGACUAUCAAAACCAAGUGCAGACCCUCCUUGAGGAGAUCGACUUCAUGCGCCGUGUCAAUGAUCAGGAGAUCCGUGAUCUGCAGGCUAUGGCCUCUCGCGACACCACCACCGAGAACCGCGAGUACUUCAAGAACGAAUUGGCAUCGGCCAUCCGCGACAUUCGUCAGGAGUACGAUCAGUUGAUGCAGGUCAACCGCAACGAUAUUGAGUCGUGGUACAAGCUGAAGGUCCAGGAGAUCUCCACUAGCUCCGCCAAGGUCAACAUGGAGCAGGGAUACGCCAAGGAGGAAGUCAAACGCCUCCGCACCCAGCUCGGAGACCUCCGUGGCAAGCUGGCCGAUCUUGAAGGCCGCAAUGCCCUGCUGGAGAAGCAAAUCCAGGAGCUGAACUACCAGCUCGAGGACGACCAGCGCUCUUACGAAUCCGCCCUCAACGACCGCGACUCGCAGAUCCGGAAGAUGCGCGAGGAAUGCCAAGCCCUUAUGGUCGAGCUGCAAAUGCUGCUUGAUACCAAGCAGACUUUGGAUGCUGAGAUAGCGAUCUACCGUAAGAUGUUGGAGGGAGAGGAGAAUCGUGCGGGUCUGCGACAGCUUGUUGAGCAGGUUGUCAAGGUCUCGGGCAUGACCACUUCUGAGGAGCAUGAUACCAUCCGUACUCUCAAGAGCGAGCAAUCUUCCCGAACCUCAUUCCAACGGUCGGCAAAGGGCAACGUUUCGAUCCAGGAAGCCGCGGCCGACGGAAAAUCGAUCGUGUUGGAGAACACCCAUCGUUCCCGCGAAGAAGAGAUUGGAGGCUGGAAGUUGAAGCGAAAAAUCGACGGCAAGAAGGAGAUCGUCUACACGUUCCCCGCCAAGUUCACGCUCCGCCCACAAAAGACCGUCAAGAUCUUUGCGCGGAGCCAUGGACUCGGCAACGGUAGCGAUACCCUUGUCCAUGAUGGUGACGAUUCCUUCGGAACCGGCAGCAAUGUCCACACCAUUCUCUACAACCUUGCCGGAGAGGAACGAGCCACCCUCAUCGAGCGAUCGUCCCGCGAC